AUGGAAGAUGUCGUGUUUGAUGAUAUCCUCGAGCAGAUACUCGUAAGACUGGCCGUGAAGGAUAUUGUCCUAUGCAAGAGCGUUUGCAAGUCAUGGUAUUCUGGCAUCUCCAGAUCUAUCUCCUGUUCUGCUUUUGUCAACUCCCAUAUGAAACAUAAUAAUAAUAAUCCUGUAGUUGGGAGGAUCAUUAUGCAAGGCGAUUAUUGGAAAAAUAAAACUACUAUCGGAAGUAGGAGAAUCCCUGUCGAAUCGUCAUGGAGAGAUUAUCUGGUUGGUUCUUUCGUUGGAGACUUCCACAUUACUAUUGCUUAUAACUCUGCUGGUAUCUUAUGUAAUGGGGCACUUCACUGGCUUAUGGCUGAUCAAAACAGGAAUCCAGUACAACACAUACUUUCUUUUCAUUUAUCUAAAGAUGAAUUCAAAGAAAUUCCCAUUCCAGCUGAUCACAGAUGCAAGGUUACUGAUCAUACCCGGCUGGGGAUUGUUGAAGAAUGUUUGUGUAUAUUUGAUGAAUCCUCAUGUGACCAACCCAAAUGGGCAAUGAAAAACUACAAUGAUACACAAUCUUGA